UCCCGAUUGAAAUUGAAUGUAGCGGUUGACGAGUGUUGGCGGUCGUUUGGUUGCUUAAGUCGGCCCGGUGCGGCGCGUCAGCGUUGCAUACUGAAAUCCUAGGGUGCGGGUCAGUGACCAUGGCGGACGCCACUGAGGGCGUGUGGGCGCCGUUUGUGAAGCUGAACCAGCUCGUGACCGACGUGGUGGUCAACAAAGAUGUCAGCCAGUUGCCCGAGCUGGAGGCGGCGCUCCGUCGGCACAAGACAAACUUCAUCUCACUGCUGAAAAACCCAGCGCCCAGCGCCGCGGACCGGGCGCGACUGAAGAAGGCGCCCAAGGAGGGGCUCGACGGCGCCGGCGGCGAGCUGCUGCCGCAGCUGGUGGUGGACGAGGCGCUGAUCGUGUCGGACCUCUUCAAGCUGAACGAGCUGACAGCGCUCCACCUCCUGCAGACGGGCGAGGCGCAGCGGCCCCACUACCCAGGCCUGACCCGCGGCCUGGUGGCCAUCCUGCUCUACUACGACGGCCGCCGCGCCCUCGUCACCGCCCUCAAAACACUGGUCCAGGCGAGGCAGGGCAUCUGCUGGACGUCAGAUCUGCCGGAGAACAUAUCGGCCCACGUGACCAUGUACACCGACAAGAUUCUCGGCGAUAACAUGCUGGAUAAGAUACUGGAGCUGCUGCCCACACUCGACUGGGAGUGCGAGGUGAAGAAACUGGAAGAGUGCCGCGCGCUGGGCAGUGCCCGCUUCCUGCGCCAGCUGUCUGACAUGCACGCCGAGACGCGCCAGGCGCUGGCCGACACGGUGCUGUGCUGGACGGCCCAGGCGCCGCUAGCAUGGCCGCUGACCUGCCGCCUGCUGGAGUACAUCCGCGGGGUCAAGGUCGGUCGGCUGGAGGUCAAGCCUUAG